AUGGGAACACCAGCAGCUGAACAGAGAAAACUUAUAGAACAACUUAUGGGUAAAGAUAUCCAAAGUCGAUUUGGUGGACGAAGUAGAUAUUAUCAACAAAACUUGGGUAUACGGGAUCGUCGUGUGUGUAAAUCUUACCUUGUUGGUGAUUGUCCCUAUGAUCUAUUUCAAGGUACCAAGCAAAGUUUAGGAACUUGCCCCCAAUUACAUCUAUCUAAGUAUAAGUUGCAAUAUGAUCGAGAUAUUGCUAAUGGCAAGAGAUAUCCCGAAUUUGAAAGAGAAUACUAUUUGGUAUUGGCAAAAUUUGUACAUGAUUGUAAUGAUCAAAUAGAAGUAGCUUUGAAAAAUUUAGAACAUACAUCGGAAGAAAGAGAAAGAAUAAAGACCGUCACCAAAGAGUUAGAUGAUAUUGAUACGCAGAUAGGUUUGAUGAUGCAAGAAAUAGAAUCUUUAACGACACAUAACGAAGUAUCGAAAGCAAUAAUGCAAUCCGUAAAAUUGGAGGAAAUGCAAGAAAGACGACAAGUGAUAGCCAAAAAUGUUAAGAACAUAACAGAGAAUGUAGGUCAGAGUGCUCAACAGAAAUUACAAGUAUGUGAAGUUUGUGGAGCUUAUUUAUCGAGACUGGAUACUGACAGAAGACUGGCAGAUCAUUUCCUGGGAAAGAUUCAUUUAGGAUAUGUUAGGAUGAGGGAACAUUAUCAGUUAUUUAACAAACAGACUGAUAAUAAGAUUUAG